AUGUCCUUCCGUGUUUCGCCAUGUGAGAGUGGAAAUGCCCCGAUAACGUUUAUAGGUUUCAAUCAGGACUAUGGGUGCUUUGCAGUCGGUAUGCAAAAUGGUUUUCGGAUAUUCAACACCGAUCCGUUGAAACAGCUCGAAAACUGUGAGUUUCACCAGUGUGAGGGUUCCGGAGUUGGCUUCGUCGAAAUGCUCCAUCGAAGUAGUUUUCUUGGCCUUCUUGGUGGCGGGCGCCAGUCUAGGAUACCCAGCGACACCGCCUGGGUAUGGGAUGGUGUUGAACAAAAAGUUAUUCUUGAACUCGCCUAUGGAAGCGACGUUCGUGCCAUAAGACUUCGCAAAGACCUGAUCGCUGUGGUUCUCGUGAACGCGGUAAAGGUUUACACCUUCGGCUCCUGCCCAGAGCUUCUCUACCAGACGGAGACAGCAUCGAAUCCUCAAGGUCUCUGUCAUGUCUGUCAGAACCCCGAGAACCCUAUUAUCGCCUUCCCCGGUCGGCGAGUGGGGAUGGUGACGCUAGUCACGUCACCAUUAACUGCUUCAACAACGGUGGCACCACCGCCACGUCAUCUGUCGGCUCACCAAAACCCGCUGGUAGCCCUGACAAUGACCGCAGAUGGGGAACAACUAGCCACCGCUUCUCAGCGUGGUACUCUUGUUCGCGUCUUUGAUACUCGCUCGUGUGAACUUCUCCACGAGCUGCGUCGUGGUUCAAAUGCUGCACUUAUCACCUGUAUAGCCUUUGAUCAUGCUGCUGCCUCUGCCGCACGUCGGCUAGCUGUCGCUAGCGAUCAUGGUACUCUUCACGUCUUCUCCCUCGAUUCAGUUGAGAAAGAAACGUCAUGGUCUGUUGGUGGUGUCAGUGGUGUUGGAAGUGGUACAGUCAGCUCUCGACGUCUCCCUCUGGGACAGGACUUAACCCGUCAAGCAUUUCAAGCUGCCAAAUCGGCUGCUUUUUUACCGCGAUAUUUCUUCUCUACGGUCAGUCAAAUACGGUUCGCUUUAAAUACCAAAUUCAAAGUGGUCUGCGCGUUUAGUUCAUCCAAUCCAGACACUUUGAUCGUCCUCGCAGCGGACGGCAGUUACUCGAAGUACAGUUUCACGCCAAAUGGUGUAGUAACCAAAGAACAGUCUAUUAACUUUUUAGAUUUUUACGAUGAUGAAAGUGACCUGUGA